CUGUUCUUAUAGUUACAGCUUAGUUAUUAACUGGUACGCAACUACGCGGCUUUCACUUCCAACCUCACCCUAACACCACUUCAGUUGAUCACAGCCAAUAUUUACGUUUUUUACCCUAACCAAUAGCAACUACAAAAAAAGACGCCCAAUUUAUAACCAACGGAUUUUACCUUUCUCUCUCACAAAAACCCAUAAGGCGUCUCUUUCCGCCGGAAUCGCAACCGUUUGUUCUUUCUUGGCUCAUCACCACCGUUCCGAAGUCCCAAGAAAGAAUAGAGAUGUUGUGGUAAGGAAGGUUCCAGAAAGAAAGAGAGAGGAAUGCCGAUGCCGGCGAACACGCAUCAAGUAUUGGAGAUCAACUUGAUCUCCGCGCAGGGCUUGAAGCUGCCUUCGUCUCCUCGGCGAAAGCUCCAAACCUACGCCGUCACGUGGAUCCACCCCGAAACGAAGCUCAGAACUCGCGUUGACAAGCUCGGUGGCCACAACCCUACCUGGAACGACAAGUUCCUCUUCCGCGUGUCACCGGAGUUUCUCGCCGGCGACACCUCCGGUAUCUGCAUUGCCAUCUACGCCGUCGGAACCUUCCGCGACCACCUCGUCGGCACCCUGCGGUUCCUCAUCAGCAACAUUCUCCCCCGCGACGUCGACAUGUCGACGCCGUGCUUCAGCGCCUUCCAGCUCCGGCGGCCGUCGGGGAGGUUCCAUGGCGUGAUGAACAUUGGCGCCAUGGUGAUGGACGGGUCAGGCUUCCCCGCGUUGGAGAAGAUUUGGGCGAUAGGGUACCGAGACCUGAUGGGAGAGAACAUACAGCAGCGGCCGAGAAAGACGGCGGAAGAUAAAUCGAAGGAAGAGGAAAUGUUUUCGAGCGAAUCUUGCGAGAAUUCUUGCACGGAGGAGGGGGAAGGGGAGUCGUCGACGGCGUCGUCUUCUUCGUCGCCGAGAACGGUGACGUUGAGGGAUUGGAACGGAGUGAGGGAAUUGACGGGAAAUAAAGGGUUGACAAUGUCGGCUUCGGGAUUCUUGUGCUGUUUGGUUAGUCAAGGGAGUGUUGACGAACAAUUCAGUCCAACCAAUACCACUCUAGAAAGGUAAUCCAACCAAGAGCUCUACUCUGCUUUCUUUUCUUUCUUCCUUCCCCUGUCAUUUUUCCUCUCCAAUUCCCUUGUAGCUAGGAUCCUAUACUUCUUUGUCAAUUCCAAAUUUCAAAAUUACGUAAAAUUUCCACGGAAAAAGGAUACCCUUUAUUCCUUUGUUAA